AUGGAUAAAAUAACGAAUAUCAAUUGUGAUGAUGCUAAUUCAUCACCAAUGGCACCUGAAGUGCCAGAAUCGGGAUAUCUGGUGAAGAAAUCUAAGGAAACCAUCGAUAAACUUGAAAGAGAAAAUUUCAAUCUAAAGUUGAAGUAUUUCUUAUUGAAUCGUCGUGAUAAAGAAUUUCUGAGGCAAGCUGCAAAUGUGAAUUUCGAUUUCUUUGAAAUGUUUGAAGAGAAUGAAGCUUUGAAAAUGGAACUUUCUGAGAAAAAUAUUUUGCUAAAAUCGGCAUUGGAUGUUAUUAACCAACUGGAAGACAAAAUUCUGUCACUUCAGAUUCAUUUUGAGAAUUCUCUAGCUGAACAUGACGCAGUUGUGUCAAGAAGUUUGAAGAACAAAUCUAAAAGCCGCUUCUACAAAAAAGUUCAAAUAAAGUUCUCUCCAUCACUUGACAUUCAUCAAAUGGAAGUGACAACAGCUCUUCUCACUGACAACACAAAUCUUCUUAAAAAGUUAACUAACAUGAAAGCUAAACUUUCAUACAAAUCACAAACCGUUGAUGAACUCUUGAAAACAAAAAUAGAAAUGGAGAAGAAUUUGUACACAUUAAAAGCUGAUAAAAACGAUUAUAAGACAAAAGAGAAAGCCGAUAAUCUAAUAAAAUCAAAUAACGUUUCUGGCAUAAUUGGAGUUCAAAAGGAAAAUGAAGAAUUGAAGCGAAAAAACUUUGAAUUGGAAACAACAUGCGAGAAGCUUAGACGAGUCAAUCAAGAGUUAGAGUUCAUUAUAACUGAGCAGAAUGAGCUGAUGAAACAACUCAAUAAGACAAUUGAAGGAAAAAAUGAAGAGAUUUUGGAAUAUAAAGAUCGAUUAGAUAUGCCAGCAUGUUCGAGUUCAUCAAGCAUUUACAUUGCUGAAGACAUUAAGUUGAUUGAAGAUGAUUUGUCUAAAAUAUCGCGACAAUAUCCGUUUCACAAUCCACUUUUUGGACAGGAAUUUGAAAUGCAUCAUUAA